AUGAGACGAUUUUCGACCUUGUCGCGUCGCCUUCAAAGGGUUGUACCGGCAUCUUCAGCCUCGACCGCCAAUACAAGUCCUUCUCCUGCACUCUACACUGGUCUAGAGCCCAAGAUCAAGGAGUCACAAGAUUCGCUAAUUCGGGCGGUUUUUGAUAACGGCGAUGUGUGGCAGGAUUUCUCGCAAAAGUCUGUGGCAAAGCCCAAGCAAUCUCGUAGCAUUACGGGAUUUAUCAACUACCUGACCAACGAAUCUGAUUACGAAACGGGGCUAUUUAUGAACGAUUUCCUCAAGACCCCCGCGGGAUUUCAGAAGUACACUGCAGCCUCAAUCGAAGAGGCGGGCCAGUUGAUUCAGCAGCUUCUAGGAGCGCUUACCCAGCGAGACAAGCUGCGACACGCCAUUACCACAUUUGACAGACUAUCCGACGUUUUGUGUCAAGUUAUCGAUCUGGCUGAGUUCAUUCGCGCAGCUCAUCCGGAACAGCAUUUUGUGCAAGCUGCUCAGGAGGCACACGAACAAAUGUACGAGUACAUGAACGUCCUCAACACUUCUGUGGAGCUGUACACUGUACUCGACAUGGUCUUCAAAGAUUCCGAGAUUGUCAAUCAGCUCACCCAUGAGGAAAAGGUAGUAGGAACUCUCCUACUGGAGGAUUUCAAGAAAAGUGGAGUAACCCUGGACGACGCUGGACGGGAAAACUUCGUUUCAUUAACUACUAAGAUCUCAUUACUUGGUCGGGACUUCAUCUCCUCCAACCAUCCUAAGGAGGAUUACAUCACUCUCACCCAGGGUGAGGCCCAGGGGCUGGACCCACAACUUGCACAGCAGUUAUCCCAGGGGAACUCCGUUUACGUUCCUACUGGUGGUGUUCCCGGGCAACUGGCUCUGAGAGGCAUGAAAAACGAAAAUUCGCGAAAAUUGCUUUGGUCUAAAAUGAGGGAGUCGUCAGACAAAUCUAUUGAAUCGUUGGAAGACUUACUUGUUAGCCGCCUGGAACUGGCCAAUCUAAUGGGAAAGGAAUCGUACGCUGAUUAUCUGCUUUCAGACAAAAUGGCUGGUAAUCCUGAAAAUGUGAUGAGAUUUCUUAACGGCCUCCUAGAUAAGACACUUCCUGGCGCCAAAAAAGAGCUCUCUGUGCUUGAGCAAAUCAAAAAGCAGGCGACUGGGAACCCCAAAAGCAUCCUGCAGGCAUGGGACAAGUCUUAUUACGCCUCCCAGCUACUCUACCAAAAGAGAAACAAGACGAAGACAGCCCACAUGCUAAGUGAAUACUUUUCCGUGGGAACUGUGGUUCAAGGCCUUAGUCGGAUCUUUGACAAGAUUUAUGGUAUCAGGUUUGUACCGACUGAGACCAAAACAGGCGAAACAUGGCAUCACGAUGUCCGACGACUCGACGUGGUAUCUGAAACAGAGGGUCUGAUCGGCAUCAUGUACGCUGAUUUGUUCCAGCGGGAGGGUAAAUCUCCCAAUCCUGCACACUUUACUGUUCGUUGUUCGCGCGAGAUCUACCCGGACGAGUUGGCCCACAUGAGCAGUAGUCCUAUUGCCAAGGUUCCAACACUGAAUCUCAAUGGCAAGGUGUUCCAAAUUCCAACCAUCGCUCUCAUUUGUGAUUUCACUACUCCCCAUGACCUCUACCCUUCGUUGCUGUCGUAUCAGGAGGUUGAGACACUAUUCCACGAAAUGGGACAUGCCAUUCAUUCUAUGCUGGGGCGCACAUCGCUCCACAAUGUGUGUGGAACUCGGUGUGCCACCGACUUUGUUGAGCUUCCUUCUGUCUUCAUGGAGAACUUCGCAUCUAACCCUGAGUCACUUGCGCUCUUUGCACGACACUAUUCUUCAGAUAGCCCUCUUCCUUACCAACAGCUGGAGCGCCAUUUGAACGAACAGUCGUAUUUUAAGGACGUUGAGCAGUAUACCCAAAUUAAGAUGGCUAUGUUGGAUCAGGUGUUGCAUGGAAAUAUUUUAAAGAGUAUCACAAAUGGACACUUCAACUCACAAAAGCUAUACGACAAUCUUGAGAAGGAUAGACCGCUAUUUCCUCCUUCCCCAUCCUCUUGGCACGGAUCGUUCGGUCAUCUUUUUGGUUACGGUGCGUCCUACUACUGUUAUCUGCUUGACCGUCAAAUGGCUGACAUCGUCUGGAAGAAGCUGUUCUCAAAGAACCCGCUAUCUCGUGACGCGGGAUCCAGAAUGAAAAACGAAGUUCUGCAGUGGGGAGGAUCUCGAGAUCCUUGGGAGUGUAUUGCUGGUGUUCUUGAAGAUCCCGAACUAGCAAAGGGUGGCUCGCAAGCGAUGGAGAAGAUUGGAAAUUACGACAAACAUUGA